AAGUGAGUAUUUUUCGCGCUGAUUGGGACUCGAACUGAGUUUCCCCGCAAAGCUUUAAAUUGAACGGAGUCGGCGUUUUCAAGAUGAUUCAAACUGACUAUUUUCCAAUUUGAUAACUAUUCGAGAAAUUCAGCAGCUGAGUGAGGUUGGAUGGAAUGGACAGUAAGGGACGGUCUGGGAUGGACAGUACCAGUAAGGGGCGGUCUUUGCCCUCGGUGCCAGAGGCCCUCAACCCAGUCAGCAUGAAUCAGCUGUCUGAACCCCUGGGGGGGAGGAUGGGUCGGGGUGGGGGUGAUCUGGGGGCGGACCCGGCCCUGCUGAUGGACAAGGCGGCUGCCCAGUUGGCCGUGACACUCCAGGACAGUGUUCUAAACAAUAUGGCUGCCCAUGGUCAUAACCAUAACAACCACAGGCAUGAGAGGCUGAAGGACCUGACGUCCCUCAUGCUGAACGGCGACCAGGACAAGCUGCCCAAGCUGUGCCACCCUGAGCCCCCCACCCUGAAGGGUGCUGAGGCCCCCCCCUCCCACCCCAGCCCCCAGAGGAAGGCCACCUCCCCCGAGAUUAAACUGAAGAUCACCAAGAUGGUGUCCAAGGGGAAACCGCCACACUUCGAGCCGUGCUGUGGAGAGGGGCCCAACCUGCCUGCGGAUACUGAGGGCCUCGUGGCUCUUGCCAGCAAGGAGGGGAGGAGAAAGAGAAGACCCAUUAAACUCAAACACAGCUCAGCCUCUAACCCUGUUCCUGUGGAGGUGUCUGCUGCCAGUCAGCCAGAGGAGGGCACUGCUGCCCCACAACAGAUCCAGCAGGCCAGUACUCUGGUGGAGGAGGAAGAGAGCCUGGAGGAGGAGGAAGAGAGCCUGGAGGAGGAGGAAGAGAGCCUGGAGGAGGAGGAGAGCCUGGAGGAGCAAUCUAUCCCUGUCCAUGCAGUGUUCUCCGUGGGUGAUGUGGUGUGGACCAAGGUGCCAGGUUAUCCCUGGUGGCCCUGCAUGGUGUCCACUGAUCCAGAACUCAACACACACCUCAAACACAAAGCCAUUAACAGCCGGACAGCUGGAGUCAUGUACCACGUCCAGUAUUUUGGAGACACCCUGGAGAGAGGCUACAUCUUUGAGAAGAACAUGGUGUCAUUCAGGGGGGAGGAGCAAUAUGUUGAGCUCUGCCAUGGUGACAAACAACCUGCCUCCCGGGUUGUCCACAGGAAGAGUACCACUCCGUCCGUUCCUCGUAAGCUCCAUGCCCAGUGGGUGGUGGGCAUCACUCAGGCCAAGGAGGCUGCCAGCCUGGCCCUGGAGGAACGCCUGGUCAAGUACACCUUUACCCACGAUAGUGGCGGACCACACCUCAACCCCCACGUGCUGGCUAAGCUUUACCCUGCUGAGCCUGGCCAAUAUCCUGUACCAUCCAGUCGGAGCCCCCUGCCCCCCAGCCCUGCCAGCCCCCAGGCAGACAGCAGCACUUCCCUGGGGAAGAAGAGAGGAGGCCCCAGAAAAACAGAUGGGAAACGGAAGCAGACUACUUUUACACAGAAAAAGAAAGCUAACAUGGUGGUCUCCCCUAAAGGACCAACACAGAUGCCGUUUCAGGAUGGCCUCUCCACCACCUCAGAGACUGAACUACUUGAAGCUCAGAGCCAGAAGAGGUCCACACUGAGAACUGAGAGGAAGAGAUCCAAAGUGGUUAUUGUGACUACAGACAUUCCAGAGACCCCGUCACCUGCACCCACAGCGAUAGGUAGGAAGGAACGUCAGAAGCAGCAGCCCGGUAAACGAGCUCUAAAGGACACCGAGGAGAAGGACCAACAGCCCGGUAAACGAGCUCUAAAGGACACCGAGGAGAAGGACCAACAGCCCGGUAAACGAGCUCUAAAGGAGACCGAGGAGAAGGACCAACAGCCCGGUAAACGAGCUCUAAAGGAGACCGAGGAGAAGGACCAACAGCCCGGUAAACGAGCUCUAAAGGAGACCGAGGAGAAGGACCAACAGCCCGGUAAACGAGCUCUAAAGGAGACCGAGGAGAAGGACCAACAGCCCGGUAAACGAGCUCUAAAGGAGACCGAGGAGAAGGACCAACAGCCCGGUAAACGAGCUCUAAAGGAGACCGAGGAGAAGGACCAACAGCCCGGUAAACGAGCUCUAAAGGAGACCGAGGAGAAGGACCAACAGCCCGGUAAACGAGAUCUAAAGGAGACCGAGGAGAAGGACCAACAGCCCGGUAAACGAGCUCUAAAGGAGACCGAGGAGAAGGACCAACAGCCCGGUAAACGAGCUCUAAAGGAGACCGAGGAGAAGGACCAACAACCCAAAAAGAAACCUAGCGUAGGUGACAAACAGAAGGCUGUGGCAGCAGAGUCCUCCGCCCCCACGAAGAAGAGAAACAGAAAGAAAACGGAGACGCACGUUAAAGGAUUCACUAGGUCUAAAUCACCAGAGAAAGAACCAGAGAAGAUUAAGCCAAUCAGGAAGAGGCAGGACUUGGCCAUCCAAUCAGCAGCUUCCCAGGCCAAGAAGAGGAAGCGAGCAGCAGCCAGUCCUGAGCCAGAGGGCUCUGGCAGUGAGGAGCGUCCAGAGUCCCCCAGUGACAGCAUAGACCAGACCAACGGGGCCAAGAAGACUAAUGGAGGAGGCCCCAAGAAGGAAUCUGUCUGUCAGGUGUGUGAGCAGGCUGGAGAGGACGUGGUGCCAUGUGAGGGUCAGUGCUGUGGGUCCUUUCACCUCUCCUGUCUAGGAUCCACCCUGAAACCACAGGACAAGCUGCUCUGUCCAGACUGCACCUCAGGGGUGCACCAGUGUUUCAGCUGUAAGCUGUCGGAGGGGGAGGUGCAUCGCUGUAACGUGCUUCACUGUGGGAUGUUCUACCAUGACGCCUGCGUCCGCAACAAUACCCUCACUGUGUUUGACAACAAGGGCUUCCACUGCCCGCUUCACACCUGCAUCAGCUGCCACUCCAAACCCAAGGCUACCAAGGGUAAGCUGAUGCGUUGCCUGCGCUGCCCGGUGGCUUACCAUACAGGAGAGGUGUGUGUUGCGGCUGGCAGUGAGAUGUUGACCCCCACCACCAUCAUCUGCACCAACCAUUUCUCACCCAAGAAGGGCUACAGCCACCACUCUCAUGUUAACGUCAGCUGGUGCUUCGUCUGCUCCAAAGGUGGUCAGCUCCUGUGCUGUGAGUCGUGUCCAGCUGCGUUCCAUCCAGACUGUCUGAACAUCGACAUGCCGGAUGGCAGCUGGUUCUGUAACGACUGCCGGGCCGGAAAGAAACCCAAAUACAGAGACAUCAUCUGGGUCAAACUGGGCAACUACAGGUGGUGGCCUGCAGAGAUCCAGCACCCCCGGAACAUCCCCACCAACAUCCAGCACCUUCGCCACAAAAUCGGAGAGUUCCCAGUCUUCUUCUUUGGUUCUAAGGACUACUUCUGGACGCACCAGGGCAGAGUUUUCCCCUACAUGGAGGGAGACCGGGGCAGCAGGGUCCAGAAGACUGGGAUAGGGAAGGUCUUCAAGAACGCGCUUUUGGAGGCAGAGAAUCGCUUCAAGGAGAUCAAGAUGGAACGGGAGGCCAAGGAGACGCAGGAGAACAACAGGAAACCACCUCCGUACAAAUACAUCAAGAUCAACAAGCCCUGUGGCCGGGUGCAGGUCUACACAGCCGACGUAUCAGAGAUCCCCAAGUGUAACUGUAAGCCCACGGACGAGAAGCCGUGUGGGUUUGAGUCAGAAUGCCUGAACAGGAUGUUGAUGUACGAGUGCCACCCUCAGGUCUGUCCCAACGCAGAGCGAUGCUGCAACCAGGACUUCACCAAGAGACACUACCCAGAGACGAAGAUCAUCAAGACUGCUGGCAAGGGCUGGGGUCUGGUGGCACUACGGGAUAUUAAGAAGGGUGAGUUUGUGAAUGAGUACAUCGGAGAGCUGAUUGAUGAAGAGGAAUGUCGCUCCAGGAUCAAGUACUACCAGGAGAAUGACAUCACUCACUUCUACAUGCUCACCAUCGACAAGGACCGGAUCAUAGACGCUGGCCCCAAAGGAAACUACUCCCGCUUCAUGAACCACAGCUGCCAGCCCAACUGUGACACGCAAAAGUGGACGGUGAACGGAGACACGAGAGUCGGGCUGUUCGCUGUCUGUGACAUCCCUGCUGGGACAGAGCUCACCUUCAACUACAACCUGGAUUGCCUUGGUAAUGAAAAGAUGGCGUGUCGCUGCGGGGCUUCCAACUGUAGUGGUUUCCUUGGAGAUCGGCCCAAGACCUAUCUGACCCCUGUUUCCUUCCACCUCUCCUGCCUGGAGCCAACCAAGAAAGCCAAGAAGAAAGUGAAGACGCGUCGGGCGCGUAACGAGGGGAAGGAGUCUGAGGAUGAGUGUUUCCGCUGUGGAGACGGAGGUCAGCUGGUUCUGUGUGACAGGAAGAGCUGCACCAAGGCCUUCCACCUCUCCUGCCUGGACCGCACCAAGAGACCCUUCGGGCGCUGGGACUGCCCGUGGCACCACUGUGACGUGUGUGGGAAGCCAUCUGAUGCCUUCUGCCAGCUGUGCCCCAACUCAUUCUGCAAGAACCACCAGGAGGGGGCGCUACGGCCCUUGCCCCCAAAGGGACAGCUCUGCUGCCAGGAGCACGACCACCUCUAACCCAACACCCAGAGUGGACUGAGGCCUAGGCUGACCCGGACCCCAACACACCCCCUCGGACUCCCUAAAGGCUUCAGGAGAGGCCUUGACCACAGUCUAGGAGACGCUGACCUGCAGCAGAACUGGGCCCAACUCCAUAAUGUCUUCAAGAUGACAGUUGUCUCUCUCCUCAUCAUUGAUCUGCUGUACUAAUCUACAACUUGAACCAACCAGGUCCUUUUACACUCAGAUAGCCAGCUAAUCAGGUCCUUCCACCUGUUAGUAGUUUGUCUGUAACUCGUCUGCACUGAGAACUAAACACACACCUGUCUGUGGUACAAACACACAAGACAGUCAGAGUACAGUACACCUCCCAGCUACAGUCGGCAGAGUACAGUACACCUCCCAGCUACAGUCGGCAGAGUACAGUACACCUCCCAGCUACAGUCGGCAGAGUACAGUACACCUCCCAGCUACAGUCGGCAGAGUACAGUACACCUCCCAGCUACAGUCGGCAGAGUACAGUACACCUCCCAGCUACAGUCGGCAGAGUACAGUACACCUCCCAGCUACAGUCGGCAGAGUACAGUACACCUCCCAGCUACAGUCGGCAGAGUACAGUACACCUCCCAGCUACAGUCGGCAGAGUACAGUACACCUCCCAGCUACAGUCGGCAGAGUACAGUACACCUCCCAGCUACAGUCGGCAGAGUACAGUACACCUCCCAGCUACAGUCGGCAGAGUACAGUACACCUCCCAGCUAGUCAUCGGGGUACAGUACACCUCCCAGCUACAGUCGGCUACAGCAUUUGUCUCAUCUCUUGAAGCGCCACUGCUCUCCUCUCAUAUAUGACUUUAAACAGUAGAGGUUUCUAUUAUUUAUGUGUGUAUAUGAAAGAGCAACGUUCUAGUAAUACUGGAAUAUUGUUAGUUCCAGGUGGUUUUAUAUCUGUAAUAUCUAUGGAUAGGCCCUGAAUUAGGUUUGUUUCCUGUAAUAGCCAUAGGAUACAUUUAAUUUUAAGUACAUGAUAUUGUUUUAAUUGUUUUCUUCAUUUGAGUGAUGCUAGUAUACCUGGUCAGAUAGUGUUAUUAAAGCACAGAGCUGAAACCUUA